AUGGCGGACGCGGCGGUCGUGGCAGGCGCGGCGGCCGUGGGAUCGGCCGCCACAGCGGGCACGGUGGUGCUGGCAGGCUUGGCGUUCGUGGCGGACGUGGCGGACGCAGUGGAUGCGGUGGACGUGGCGGACGCGGCGGGGACGGAGGGGAUGGCGGGCAAGGAGGGCCUGGUGGAUACGGAAUGCCCGGAUUGGGCAGCCCCUCCGGAGGGGCCGGCAGCGAGGGAGGGGUCGGCGGCAAAGGAGAGGACAGCGGCAAAGGAGGUCCCGGCGGCCAAGGAGGUCCCGACGGUCGCGGCGGCCAGGGACCUCCCGGAGGGCGCGGUGGCGCUGGAGGGCCCGCAGGGCCCGACGGUGUGGGAGGACGCGGCGGGCUCCGCAUACGGAUCGGUAGUUCAUUUUCACCGUGCACGGUUAGAUUACGUUGAUCGAAGAGAUGACACAUAUCCAUGGCACGUAUGCACGAAGAAGACACCGUUUCCGAUUCACACCCGCACCCCCGCAGUGGGUCACUGGGCCAGCGGGGCGGAAGCCACCGACUCCGCAGCACCAGGAGCACCAGCAUAA